AUGCGGUGCAUAGGACCCACAAAAAAAUCAAAGGCAACCUACAACGUUGUCUUCAAGAAUGACGUGCCACUACCAAAGCCAGGGGAAAAGAAAGGUGAGGCACCAGCACUGCGAGUGAUGGGAACAAAGGCAACCUUCUACAAUUGCACCUUCGAAGGCGGCCAGGGUGCUUUGUACGACCAGACGGGUCUGCACUACUUCAAUGCAUGUGCCAUCAAGGGAACCAUAGACUUCAUCUUCGGAUCUGCCAAGUCAUUUUAUGAGGAAUGCAAAAUCGUUUCGGUGUUGAAGGAGGCGGUGGCAUUGCCAAUGGCGCCACCGGAGCAGGACCGGUCUAGAAAUCCCAUCAAAAUCGCCCCAGGCAAGAGCCGGUUGGCAUUCAAGACUUGCACAAUCGAGGGGGAAGGAGAAAAAAUUUACUUGGGUAGGGUGGGCACGCCUGUGAUCUACUACUACACCGAUAUAGGUAAGGAGGUUGUAGGCAUAAUAUCUGAUGGUCAGGACGUGUUGUUGAUUAUGUAUACUGAUGAAAGGGGUUGUUGGGUUGCAUUCUUUUUUUAUAUGGGGUACUACUACGCCACUUUCAAGUGUUAUGGGCCUGGGAUGUCUCCAAUGGUAACCUCAACUCUGACCUAUGUGCAAGCAAUACCCUUUAUCGGGAUACACUACAUCUCGGGGGAGUCGUGGAUCGCGUCCCUACCACCCGCUGAAGAAUAA